CCCCUGGACUUGAUGAGAGGAGCCGCGGGUGGGGAGGAGGAAUGGAGCGGGGCAGCUGGCGGAGAGAAACGCAGCGGCAGUCAGUGGAGGAGGCGGCUCACCUUGUGCAACAAACAGGAAGCUGACGUCCACCGCGCCGCUGGUCCACCUGCGAAGCUCCACGUCCCGGGCGCAGAGACGCCGUCGAGCCGCCCGCCUGCCCGCCUCCCCCGGCAGUCCGUUACUGAGCCGCUUUGCUUUGAGGCAGACGUUCCUCCGCGGAGAAAACACGGCAGCCACAUCCAACUUUGGAGCACCGGCGGCCGGCGCAUUCUUCCACAGGCUGACCGCGGGCAGUGAAGAGCAUGCAGUUUGUCGACACAGCAGUGUAACGUGGAUCAACACCACAGCGGGGGUUGCUUGACCACUUUGUGUCUGUUGUCAUUUAAAGCGGGCCGUGCUCCGGCCGGCCCUGUGUGAGGAGGGCUCCGCUCCCAGGUCCGCUCUGAGAUGCCGUGUCCUAGAAUCUUCCCAGACGGCCCCGGCGAGGAGCGGAGGCUCAUGAAAUAAGCGGCUCUGGGAAACGGCAGGUCCUUAUGGUUGAGGUGGCGUUAGGUGACCCCUGCCAUGCCUCCUGCCAUGACGGACCUCCUGGACAUAUGGGCGAACGACUCGCCCCUGGCCGGACACGCUCCGGACCAGAUCACCAUGGACUUCCUGCUGCCCACUGGCAUCUACAUCCAGAUGGAUGUUCCCCGCGAGGCCACGAUCAAACACAUCAAACUGCUCUUAUGGAAGCAGGCUCAGAACUUCCCCCUGUUUUCCUCCCUUGGCGAAAUGGAGAACCACAUGUUCGAAUGUGUCAACCAGGCGGCUGUGCACGAAGAGCUGGAGGACGAAUCCCGCCGGCUGUGCGACGUUCGGCCCUUCUUGCCUGUCCUGAACGUGGUGACCCGCAACCGCGGACGACCUGAGCGCCAGCUGGACUCCAAAAUAGGAAAACUCAUCGGGAAAGGUCUCCACGAACUGGAUGCCAUCAACGACCAGGAGGUGAAGGACUUCCGCAGCAAGAUGGCUCGCUGCAGCGAAGAGAAGAUGCGACAGGCGCAGACCAUGACGUGCAUGGAGUGGCUGCAGGCCUGCUUCUCCCCGCAGCUGGAGCCGGCGGCCCUGACGGCUAUCACGGACGGCCACAACGAGCAGCCCGCCGAUCUUAAAGUCUUCAUCCACUUUGACCAGUCUCAGGACUCAACCAGUCUAAAGGUGUUGUCGUCUUGCACCCCCUCUGAGCUGAUGGAGAUGGCUGUGAAGAGGUGGCUCAUCACCCACGCGCCUGAGGAGGAGGCUUAUAGGGGCCAGUAUGUGCUCCGAGUCAGCCAGUGCCUGGAGUUCCUCUGUGGAGACCAUCCAAUGAUUCAAUACAAGUACAUCCGUACAUGCCUUCAAGCCAAGAAGCCUCCUCAUCUCACCCUGGUCCACACCAGCACCAUCGAGAGGAUGUUUAAAAAGGAGAUGUCUGCCAUCGGAGAUCUGGUUAGCCGCAAGUCGUCCGACCCACCGUUACCGCUACCUCCCAAAAGAAGGGCUCCCACGCAAGUCCAGACGUGCGUGUGGGACGUGUCGAGCCCAUUCAAGAUAGUCCUCGUCAAAGGCAUCAAGGUGAACGCUGAAGAGAGUGCCAAGGUCCAGGUGAGGGCCGGCCUCUUUCACGGCACGGAGCUGCUGUGCAAGCCGGCGGUGAGCACUGAGAGCAGCGGGCGCUCGGAGCACACCUGGAAGGACAACGUGCUGGAGUUCGAAAUCUCCGUCUCCGAUCUGCCGCGCAUGACCCGCCUCUGCUUCGCCAUCUACGCCGUCAUGGACAAGGUCAAGAAGCAGAAGUCCACCAAAAAUCCUCACACAAACAAAUCCCAAACCAUCCGGAAGGCGGGGAAAGUGCACUACCCCAUAGCUUGGGUCAACACCAUGGUGUUUGACUACAAAGGGCAGCUGAAGACUGGAGACAUCAUCCUGCACUGCUGGUCUUCUUUUCCUGAUGAACUUGAAGAGAUGCUGAACCCAAUAGGAACCAUUCAGACCAACCCAUACCCUGAGAACGCCACAGCGCUGCACAUUCACUUCCCAGAGUUACAUUCCCACCCUGUCGUCUUUCCCCCUUUCGACAAGAUCCUGGAAAAAGCUGCACAGAUUCACAGAGCCAGCGACAACGUAUCCAUAGGUCGUGGCGGUAAGAAGUUCCACAUAGAACUGAAGGAGAUCAUGGAGCGGGACCCGCUCUCCCAGCUGUGUGAAAACGAGAAGGAUUUGAUCUGGACCCUACGACACGACUGCCACGAGAAUUUCCCCCAGUCUCUACCAAAGCUGCUGCUCUCCGUUAAGUGGAGCAAACACGAGGACAUGGCCCAGCUCCAGGCACUGCUUCAGAUUUGGCCCAAACUGUGUCCCAGAGACGCUCUGGAGCUUCUGGACUUCAACUAUCCUGACCAGUACGUCAGGAAGUAUGCUGUGAACUGCCUGCGGGACAUGAGCGACGAGGAACUGUCGCAGUACCUCCUGCAGUUGGUGCAGGUGUUGCGUUAUGAGCCUUAUUACGACUGUGCCCUCACCCACUUCUUGCUGGAACGUGCGCAAAGCAACCGUAAAAUUGGACACUUCCUUUUCUGGCACCUGCGAUCGGAGAUCAACAUGCCCGCCGUUUCGGUCCAGUUUUCCCUCAUCCUGGAGGCGUAUUGUAGAGGAAGCAUCCCUCAUAUUGAGGUUUUACAGAAACAGGUGGAUGCCCUGACGAAGCUGAAGUCCGUCAAUGAGCUGAUCAAACUGGGAACCAUUAAGAACGCUCGUAGCAAAACGAAGGAGGCCAUGCUGACCAAGGAGGCCAUGAUGAAAUGUUUGAGACAGAGCGGCUACUCGGAGGCUCUGUCGGACCUGAGCUCCCCCCUUAACCCCAGUGUGCUGCUGUCUGACAUCAAUGUGGAGAAGUGUCGCUAUAUGGACUCCAAGAUGAAGCCGCUUUGGAUCGUUUACAACAACAAGUUGCUCGUCGGAGACACUUUGGGAAUCAUCUUCAAAAACGGAGACGACUUGAGGCAAGAUAUGUUGACCCUACAGAUUCUGAGGUUGAUGGAUCUGCUGUGGAAGGAGGAGAAUCUGGACCUCAGGAUUGUGCCGUACGGUUGCCUAGCAACAGGUGACAAAGCGGGCCUGAUUGAGGUGGUGUCGUCAGCAGACACGAUCGCAAACAUCCAGCUGACCAGCAGCAACGUUGCCGCAGCCGCCGCCUUCAACAAGGACGCUCUGCUGAACUGGCUCAAAGAGAGGAACUCUGGUGACGCUCUCGAUCGGGCCAUCGAAGAGUUCACUCUGUCGUGCGCGGGCUACUGUGUAGCCACGUACGUCCUGGGCAUCGGAGACCGCCACAGCGACAACAUCAUGGUCCGCAGCACAGGACAGCUUUUUCACAUAGACUUCGGCCACAUCCUCGGCAACUUCAAGUCCAAGUUCGGCAUCAAGAGGGAGCGCGUGCCUUUUAUCCUGACUCACGACUUCAUCCACGUCAUUCAGGAGGGCAAGGCGGGGAACACCGAGAAGUUUGGCAGUUUCCGUCAAUAUUGCGAGGAUGCUUACCUUAUCUUGAGGAAGAACGGCAACCUCUUCAUCACCCUGUUUGCCCUCAUGCUGACUGCUGGACUACCUGAGCUAACUACUGUCAAAGACAUCCAAUACUUAAAGGACUCUCUGGCUCUGGGGAAGACGGACGAAGAGGCCCUGAAACAGUUCCGGCAAAAGUUUGAUGAAGCGCUGAGAGAGAGUUGGACGACCAAGGUGAACUGGAUGGCCCACAACGUGGCCAAAGACAACCGCUCCUAGAGCUGCUGGAACAAGCCCUGUAGAAACUGGCGGCCAGGAGACAAGGCUGGGGCACGUGUGGAGGGGGCCAGAUAUGCCAAAGGGACAGGGUAGCAUGAAUAUCCAUCUAUCCUGAUUUUAAAGAAGGGAAUCGAGCUCAAAUCUGCAACACAGGCAGAUUCAACCCUGAGUGCUGUAAACCGAGUAAAUCUACUCUUAGGUUAGUUCAGUUACCCUGCAAGCCCCCCCUGCCUUCUCCAACCGUGGCGUGGCGCCCCCACGAACUUUAAAAUUAUGCUCUGGAAUCGUUUCUGAGGAAUCGCCGUCAUGGACGAUGUUUACAAGUUUUGCACAGCCUCGACAGCUGGUGGAGAACGCCGCCAGAGGAAGGGAACUAAGCACCCCCCUUCGCCCACGCUAACUCUUCAGGGAGGACCUCUCCGUACAGACGGCUGCAGCAUCCAGCGAACCAACGGGGAGCGUUUGGGGGAAAAGCUGGAUUAGUCAGGAUGAAACGCUCAUGAAAAGGUGCCGGGUAAUCCGACGACACCCCCCAGGUGCAACGAGCUGGGGUAGUAAUAAAGAAAGCGGCGGAGCUUAGAACGGAGCUGCAUUUGUCGUUUAUGUCUUAAAAUACUGAACACCACGACCAGUGCGACCUCUGACCCUGUGGUCUAAAGGUUUGCUGCGAAGAAGAUUGUAUUUCUUUUGUUUUUACCGUGUAAGAGACGUUUGUGUUCCCGUAUGCUUUACCCAGUCCGCGCAGGAAACGACCGAAGAAGAGGCGUCUUGGAGGAAGAAGAUGCUCCGAGCCUCGUGGUCCACAACUCUCGCUUCGUGCGGACCUUUGAACACUGGAAUGUUUUAGACACAUACGAGUCAUUUAAGUAAUUCACACAGACUUUUAAUUAACUAAACACUUAAUUUUAUUUUUAAUUUGGAGAAAAAAAAAUGUUAACCUCGCAGAGUCGGAAGCAUUACUACGACUGUCCAGUUCUAAAGGGCCGAGAAGCUACGAUGUCAAGCUCACAGCAGCGGGUGCUUUGGUCACAACCAAAACAGACAGCAGACGUUCGUUAAUUUUAUUAUGGGCUGUUUUUAAUAAUCGGUUUCCUAAACUGAAUGUGCAAACUCGUCCCGCUCUGUUGGGUGUAUUUGUUUUUAUACAAGCAGAUGUGGGCGGAGUCGGCUGCCUGGUAGGCGGGGUUUGUUAGUGGGGUCGCUGGACUGCGAUGCGGACCUUCUUGUUGUUUGGACAAACGGUGCUCCUCCGGGCAUCUGCAUCUAUAUUCAACGUUUGUGCAAUAUCCAAAUGUACGUCCCAUACCCGCCUCAUCUAAAGCUCUGGGCCGGGGGCCUCAGCCUUCACUAUACUCGUCGUCUCCUGGUUUGUGUGCAAAAGAAGCUCUACGUCGCACCAUUGGCCUUCAGAAGUCUCAAACACUGGAUAUUGUAAAAUGUACAGGCUUUUAUUGUUUUGCCAUUUGUUUUUUGUUUUCAUAGGAGUUUUAUUAAAGUUAUUUUCCACAGUGCA